UAAUUGCAGAGAGGUAACUACUUGCGAACGUCAAGCUGUGAAGGACACUCGUAGUAAAUACUAAGAAGCAAAGACAUAGUAGAACGCUGAAGGAGUGAACUGUACGUGGAGGAUUUUGUAUUUUUCUCUGGCUGUCGUUCUGGGGGCGUGUGCUGUGUUACUACUUCGUCGGCGGUGUUCUUAAUUGUUUAAAUUUCGUUUGUGGUUCUUCAAGAGUACAUAUGGCGGGUUUGAAAAAAGAAAGCGAACGCCAAAAAUGGAACACACUGCUUGUUAUUGAUUUUUCCUCAUCAAACCGUUAACCAAUCACGGAGGAGUUCACUCUUUUUAAAGGGUGAGGUUUCGAUGCUCGUUUGGUUAGCCAUAUUUAAAUGGACAGCCAUUAGGUUGACUGUGUACUAUGUUCCUGUGGAUUAAACAGUGUUAAGUUUGUGUUUUAUCACGGUGUCGGAAAGGCGGAUUCCUAAAUGCAGGUUGCUACACUCUUUCGGGAAACAGCUACGCUCUUGGGCGCAAGCAUGGAGGCCCAAGAUCCACCAGGGGUUGAGACGCAAGGGUUUAAAUUUAGGCCAACAUUCCUGGAUGGACCUGUGAAACUAGAAACUCAAGAUGAUGGCUAUGAAACAAGUGGUGACCUUGAACUGAGGACACAAGUAGAAAAUCAGAAAUUCAUGAGUCAUCUUCAAGGCCCUCAUCCAGCCAACAUCAAAUGUGAGCCUACUGAAGAUCCAUAUAGUUUUGUGGAUGAUGAUCCUACACCCACUGCUCAACAUAGGCAACAAUCUGUUGUUUUACAGCCCAUCCCAAAGAAAAGAGGGCGAAAAAAGAAGAAUUGUUUGGAGGGAGGGUUAGAGAAUGCAGAAAAUUUAAUGAAUGGGGAUCCAUUGAUGAAGAAGAAAUUAAAAGAAGGAAAAUUUAUACCAAUUUUCAAGGAACGGAAAAAACAUGACCGUUUUAAUGGCAUGUCGGAGGAGGAAGUUUCGAAAAGAACGUUGCCAGAUCAUUUAGCACUUAACUUGGACAUAGUUAUUAUUGGAAUCAAUCCUGGGCUGUUUGCAGCCUAUAAGGGACAUCACUAUGCAGGACCUGGAAACCAUUUCUGGAAGUGCUUGUACCUUUCUGGAUUAACACCAGAACCAAUGACAGCUGAUGAUGAUUACAAGCUCCUUCAGGUUGGCAUAGGAUUUACAAAUAUGGUUGCAAGAGCCACCAAGGGAAGUGCAGAUUUGACUCGAAAAGAAAUAAAAGAAGGAAGCCAGAUACUGCUUGAAAAACUUCAAAAAUUCAAGCCCAAAAUUGCUGUAUUCAAUGGGAAGCUGAUAUUUGAAGUAUUUUCUGGGAAAAAAGAUUUUAGUUUCGGGAGACAACCGGAAUUUGUUGAUGGGACGAAUACAUAUAUGUGGGUGAUGCCAUCAUCAAGUGCCAGAUGUGCACAGCUUCCUCGUGCUGCUGAUAAGGUACCUUUUUAUGCUGCUCUCAAGAAAUUCAGAGAUUAUCUCAAUGGAAUAAUUACAGACCUUGAUGAAACAGAGGUAGUUUUCACUGACUCUAAGCUGAAGAACUACUUUGAACCGGAACUGAAAGAUGAGCCAAAGGAUGAGCACAGUUUCUAUGGUUAUGGACGAAUUCCUGCCAAUGAUGAGCUGACUGAUCUGAGUAAUGCAGUCAUGAAAAAAGAAGAUCAGCCACCAGCUAAGAAGAAGAGAGGAAGGCCAAAGAAGAUUAAAUCAGAUUGUGUUGAAGUAAAAAAACCUAGUGCCGAAGCACCGAAGAAAGAGCCUAACAAUGUUUGUGAAGUGCCAAAGAAGAAAAGGGGCAGGCCAAAAAAAAUUAAAACAGAGGAUGUAAUUCCAAAUACUAAUGGCCUUAUUGACCAUACAAAUUCAUCAACAACAGUUUCUAAUAAUUGUUUCUCUCCCCCUAUUCAGUCACCAUCUAGCUAUGGACAACAGAAUUUCUCACCUUCAUAUGGAGGACACUCUCAUUCGUACUCCCAACACCCUUCGCAAUCACCAUCAGAAAUUCCUAAUUAUCAUCACUCACCUGUUCCAUCACAGCAGCAUUAUACACAGUCCCCUCAGCCACCGUCACAGUCCUUCACUCACUCUGAUCUUUCAUCUGAAAUCAGUGCAGCAAUUUCAUCUGAACAUAAUCUAGGAUCUCCAUCACCAACUUCUCCAAGUCUGGCACCUCCUGACUUUGAACCUCCAAGUAGCAUGCCAGAGGAAACAAAUGAUGGGCAGCAAAGUGCGGCUAGAACAUCAAAGGAAGAGGUAAUGGGAGAAAAUAACCAAAAUCCCACUGAGUGUCGGUUUUCAAGUCCUGCACCUCCCAAUGAUUCCAAUAAUCUAGGUUACCCAAAUUAUGGAAAUUUCCAGACAAGUCCAGAUAACCAUUCUGUUUUAGGUUAUACAGGGACAGAAUACAAUUCAAAGAGAAAUUUAAACCAGGAUGUAUCAUCCAAAAGUUUAUCAGGGCUUGAAUCUUUGGUAGAUCAAAUUCCAAGUAUUGCAGAUGGUGAGGCCCCUCAUAGUACAAUUGGAAACGGUAAUGUUGAAGAGCAGUUCAGCAAUGGCCAUAUUCCUACCACUCAGUUUAAUGACAACUCAGGGUACCUUGGAGGCUAUUCAAGUGGUCAACAGUACAGUGCAGCGAACGGUCACAAUUCUAAUAAUUAUAGUCCACAUUAUACAAGCUCUGGUUCAAACUACUCUGUCAGCACAUCAAACAGUUAUAGUUUGCAUCAUAGUAAUGGAAGCAUGAACUUUUCUGUAACAUCACUGGCAAACAGCAGUACAGCAGUGAAUCAUGAAGCAGGAGGACAAGUUUCUAGUUCAUUCUCUGUCAGCAGCUUAGCUUCCAACUAUGCACCAAUGAACUCUAAUGUUAAUACGUACCCCAAUCUAAUUGGUGCACCACACCCAAUGGCCAGUCAUGUAGUGAGUAGUGCAAAUGGAAUGUUUGGCAAUGGAAUGAGUGGUGGAAUAAUGGAGCGAGCAUGUGGUAUGGGCAGUUCGAUGGGAACUCUGGGAUCACCUGUGGGACUUCACAACCCCAUGAGCAUGGGAACACAUUCUUUGCCAUAUCCAUAUGGUCAGUACUCUCAUAGUGCUCCACCGUAUGCUGGAGCAUCUGGGGGUAGCUUUCAGUAUCCUCCAGCUCACAGCUUGCAUGUGCCAAGUCCAAAUUAUCCAUACCCGUCCCCGUACUCAAACAGUACCUAUCCUCAACCGAGCUACCUCCCAAAUCACAUGCUUGAUCGAUUAAAACAGGACAGAAUGGAUAUUGGGUUUGGUAGUUUUUGAUAGUUAUGUUAAUAAUGAACAGUAAGAAGAGGACUUUUCAAGAAACAGUUGCAAUCUAACAACAGUUAUAUGUGCAUUUUGUAUGUAGUGACAAAGAAGAGAAUGAUAAAUUCAGUGAUGUGUGCAUGUAAUCCAGUGUUUGUUGUAUUCUAAAAUUUAUAUUUAACUUUAUGAAGAUCUACUAAUACAUUGCAGUAUGGAUGCAUAGCUUUUUUAAUGUGAUACUGUUAAAAAUUACUAUAACUUGUACAAAAAUAACAGGUGUGUUGUAAUUUGACUGCCUGUUUGUUUUUUGUUUUUGUUUAAUCUUAUGUUGUGUUUGAAAAUAAUCACAGGGUAUAUAAUGCCAAAACUCGUCAAUGUGCUAGAGACAUGGUUUUGUAUCUUAUGGGAGCUUCUAAAGUCUCCACUGUAAAUUUCAUGACAGGCUUCAGUACUGUGAUUUUUAAGAUCUGCCACAAGGCUUUGUUCAGAAAUAUAUGUUGAUGGAUCUCUAUGUGCAGAAUUUUUUGAGUUUUCAUGGCAGCUGGCCUAUAGUUGUAUUACUGUUUCAAUUUUUUCCUCUGUAAUUCAUGUGUGUGACUGAAAUGUCUGUACACAACUUUGUAUAUUGAGUGUCUCUCUCUCUCUCUCUCUCUCUCUCUCUCUCUCUCUCUCUCUCUGUGUGUGUGUGUGUGUGUGUGUGUGUGUGUGUGUGUUUUGAAUGCACAUAUGUGUGCUUGGAGGUGUGUGAGCAUGCACAUUCAUGUGCGCACAUGCAAGUAUGUCUGUCUGCCUGUCUUAUGACUGUCUGUCUGUCUUCUCUCCAAAUGUUAGAUGUGAUGCAUGUAUGACUGAAUAUUUUUCUAAGAAUGAAAAUACAUGGGAGUGGUUAAACAAAAGCUUUUAGUAGAGUAGGUGAAGUUACCAGAAUUGUACAAAUACAGAAACUUGAUUGUACUGUUUUAUGUCAAUGGUAUGUAGUAAAUUGAAUGGAUUACUGUUUUAAGACUGCAGCUGCAAAUCAGCAUUGACCAUGAUUUUAUUAAGUUGGAUGGUGUUCAGUCACUGAGGUCAACAGAAUAUGACAUUUUCAGUUAGAAUGUCUGGGAUUCCUGCCUGUCAUUAAUAAAAGUUUUGAAUUGUUGCUGUGACUAUUUCUGUACAAUAACCUUGUUUCAUUGUUAUGUAAUUAUUACCCUUUGUAGUUCCAUAUUGUGCUUUGGUUGUUGAGAGAAAAUUGUUGUAAAAUUUAUCCAAAAUAUAUUGUAGGUAACUGAAAAUAAUACAGAAAUCUCUUUGGGAAUCAGAAUAAGAAAACUUAUUAAUACCUACCUCUGCCGGUCCCAUGUGAUUGGAAUAGCAGUUCAUUCUACAGAUGACAAGGAUGAACUACAGAUGACAAGGAUGAACUGAAUAAUUUCAAUAAACUAAUCAAAUUCUAUGAUUUGUAACCUUGUGAACAGUUUUAAGAAAAACUGUAUUGUACCUUGAAAUUAUGAAGUCUGUGGUUUCACCUGUAUCUCAACUACGUACCAUUUUAAAAUUUUAUAACUAACAUUUUAAAUGUGGAAGAAAUAGAGUGACUUUCUGUUGUUUCAAAUGCCUUUGAUCACUUCCAAUCUUGAUGGCAGAUAGUACUGAGCAAAGCAGUGAAUCAUUAACUUGUUUGCACAAUGGAUUCAGUUUCUGUUCUACAGUCCUAAAUAAAACAUAUUUAUUCUUACGAACAAAAUAGUUAUUUGAAGUUUGGUUUGUGUAAGAGGGGCAUUUGUCUUUAUGAAAUGUGUGCGCUUAGGUAAUAAGAAGAGAGAUCUGUCAAUGAAUAUGCUGAGCCAGCAAGGACUUUUACACUUUUCAUUGAAGAAUAUAACUUACACUGUACCAGGUUUUCAUCCCCUGGAAAUUCUUAGCUCAUGAGAAUAUGUGUUGUACAAGAAUAAAAGCGAAUUGUUACUAUUAACAUAAAUAAUUCUUCCUAUUUCUUUUAAAGUCUUCCUCCUGUUGUUAGUUUUUAGUAUCACUAGGUGCUAAUGUGCACUCUUUUACGAUUUUCUGAUAUUUGUUCCUAUGGCUAUAUCAGUUAUAGCUGUCACCAUAACUGGAAAGAUGUAAAGUGUUAGUAUAACAGUGUAAAUGGAAAAGUUUGUUAAACCUAAACAUAACAAUAUAGCAAUCAAUGUUGUUAUGAUAAUUGUGAGAAAAAAGUAACUUCCGAAAUAAUACAAACUUUUCAACAGAGGUGUAGUAAAUUUAUAUUCUGUUCUGUAUGUUAUACAUGUUUAUCAGAAAGCCACCAUAUAAAUGAAGAGGAGACUUAAGAGAGGAAGGUGCCUAGCAUAUAAUACAUGUCUGAAAAUUUGUUUUCUGAAAUAUCUCAUUUAUUUCUCUUGACAGUUUAUUUAUUUAUCUGUAAUACUGCUUUAACAAGAGCAAGUAUGUGUAACUCUGUGUUAAGUUUGUGUGUAUAUAGAGAUUAUACUGUAGACAUACAUCUGUGAUACAUAUGUCAGAUCUAUGACACAAAUAUGUCAAGAUUUUGUUAUAUGAUAAACAGGAUCACAAAGUUAAUAUGUGCCCCAUGGGCUAUUUCUGGUCACAAAUUGAAUGGCUGUGCUUAUUAUGUCUGUAGUAGCAAUAGCUAUUUCCCAUAACUGACCACUGAAAAUUGCCCCUUCUGCCCAACAGUCCUGCUUAGCAUAAGCUGAAUGUGAGAAUGCCUCUGCUUAUUGCUGCAUUUUACUUCUUCACAUAUGUUUAGUUCUGUGAUGGGAGUUUCUGCUCCAAAUAGUGAAGGCAGUAUUGUUCACUGUAUAAUGCAGCAAUGAUAGGUAGGCCAUCUUUAUUCAUCACCAAGCUAGGAAAUCAAGGAAAAAGAUUAAUCAAAAUUAAAAAGUCAGAAACAAAUAUAUGUAUCAAAGCAAAGUGUAGGCAGGAAUUGAUGAUACAGUGUUGUAGUGAUGCUCUAACAAAUUAAACAUUCCUUUUGUUACAGAGUGGAGGUGUGUGUGGGACUGUUGUGAAAAAUGAGAUUAAAGGAUAAAUCAGUGCAGAACUGAAGCAGUGAGAGAAAUUGUCCCAUGAGCCUGUAUAAUACAAAUAAUAAUGUUGAAUAUGGUUUCUUGCUUUGCACAUAACUGAGCUUGCUUUUCUUUUUAAUUUCAGUUUUUAUUGCUAACCAGCUUGCCUGCACUCUGGACAGGUUGUAAUGAUACAGUUUUCUAAUGUCUCCUGCCUCCAUAACUUUUGUGAACAGUUUCAUUUAUAGGCAGCAGGCUUUAACUAUGAUCUAUAUUAAUAGUCUUGUGAAAUAAUACCAGAUUCUAACUGUUCCAUCAGUACUGAAUUCACCAGUGAUUCUGUCCAAGUUCAGUGUUUUCAAUGCUGAGGAAUGUUAUCAGCUAUUGUCUUAUUAUAACAAAAAGUCUUGGCAAUAAUGUUUAAUGAUUUGGUGAAUCCAUAAAAACCCGUAAUCUGGAAGCAGAUUUGAACCCAGUUCUAAAUGAUUACAAAACAAUUAUUUUUCACUGUAUCGCCCCAUGUGCUUCCUUGGCAAGAAAACAUUCAAGUGGAUAUGCCUGACAGUUAAUAACUGUAUCAUAUUUGCAGCUUUCUUGCUAUUUCUGCAGCUAGGAAGCAGUGCCUAUUUUCUUGGCUUUUGCAUUGUCAGGUGUGAAUCUAACAAGAAGGUUCACAAAUCUCAUUACUUUCAUUCUGGUUAAAUUUGUUGAAAAGUAUUGAAUUAAACAAUAAAAGUAACAUCUUUGUACACCAUGAGUUACAAGUUUAAUAUAUCUUAUUCUCUCUUAAUCUGUACCACUAUCACAAGCUACUCCUCCUCCUCCUCCUCCUCCU